AUGUGGGCCGAUUGGACGGCUCAGGCGAAGCCAAGGGACGGGGCCUGGCAGCGUUUCCUCGGCCUUGCGGCUGUUUCGCCGCUCUGCGCAAAGGACGAUCUCCCGGAGAAAGAUUGCGCAGAGGCUGCGGCUCGUUUGGGCUGUGCUUCGGCCUUGUUGGCAUCGCCUCGAGCAGCGCGAACCGCAGUGCGGAUCGCCACGUCUCUGGUGACACCCGGCAAGGAGCCGCAGCGCCUGGUGCCAUCGGUGCUUCCGCUGCUGCGCAUCGGCUUUAAAGGUUCCGUGCGCUUGACCGGGACGCGGGGAGAUUUGUUGGCCUUGUUGAGUUCUCUUCGCUUCGCACAGUGCGCCAGGAGUAUGACCAACGCGUCUCAGCUGUCAGAGGCUCGCAGGAUCCUGACGGCCUCUCUGGCCGCAGACUUUGAUGUGAGCCCAUUGUUGCCUGAGCUGCGGCGCAUUGCAGAGGGCCCUGCCGCGGGUCUGCGACGGGGCAAAGCCCUGAUGCGGAAGCUGGACACUGGCAUCGCUGAAGCGAAAACAUCGGGAUCAGCAGCAGUUCUCACCGAGCUCAUUGAGGCUUUGGCCGACAAGCUGCCAUACUCAGAUCUCGCGAGGCUCGUCAGCUUCUCUGGCCUCCUUCUGGGCGAGGACGAGCAAGUCGAUGCCAAAGCUGCUGCGGCCCGCGCACGUGGCGACCUCUUCUUCCUAGACACGGAUGGAGAAGUGCCGCUGGAGAGCCUCCUGGCCGGCGGCAGCGCCGCAGCGCACGAGGCGCAGGCGCAGCUGCGGAAGCGGACGCUGGGGGAGCUGGAGGGCGUGGAAGAGCUGCGCACGGAUGUUGCUGCAGACGUCUUGCCAGCCAUGGCCGAGGAGGAGGAGGAGCAGGAGGAAGAGAAGGCGGAGGCCGCCGAAGUUGUGGCUCUGGCGGACGACUCAAGCCAAAGUGCCCGGAAACGCUUCCGGCGCCGGCAGAAGUCCGCUGCGUGA